GUUGCAGAAUUUUGUUUUGAACCCUUCUUCCUUUUCCUUACUCCAAGCUCUCUCUCUCUUCUCGCUUCCACUCUGUGAUAUGGAUUGAGAUGCGGAGGAGUUCGUCUUCUCAUUCAUCCUUCUCUGCCGGCGCAGAGUCUCUGCUGAUCAAUUACGGUUUAUAUCUGGAGUUGCCACUGAUUCGUCGUAAGGCAUGGCGCCGAUUUGGGGUGGCGAUGGUGCGCCGAGCGUAUCUCAUAUUCUCAUCGCUUUCAUCUUCGCUCUAGGGUUCGCUCCCGUGAGGUUCUUGCUCAAUUUCCUCGUCUACAAGCGGCUUGCAAUCAGAUUAUUGUAUAAUGGACGUGCUCCAUCUGUGAUUGAUGAAACUAGACAGUUGAAGGUUUACAAGUGUGCAGAGUCAAUGUGGAAGUUUACAUACUAUGUUACUGUUCAAAUGUGGGUAAUAUCAAUACUUCGCCAAGCACCUUGGUCUAUGAAUACGAAGGAGUACUUUAAAGGAUGGCCAAAUCAAGAAUUAGGGUUUUCGAUGAAGCUUUUCUGUAUGUGCCAAUGUGGAUAUUAUAUGUACAGUAUUGUUGCCCUUUUGAUAUGGGAAACUCGAAGAAAGGAUUUCUAUAUAAUGAUGUCACAUCACAUAAUUACUUCCAUUUUAAUUGGUUACUCUUACAUCACCAGGUUUUUCCGUAUUGGAGUGGUUAUUCUUGCCCUUCAUGAUGCAUGUGAUGUAUUUAUGGAAGCAGCAAAAGUAUUCAAGUAUUCUGAGAAGGAGAUGGCAGCAAGCCUUGGUUUUGGUUGUUUUGCGAUAUCUUGGUUUUUCUUAAGACUCGUCUUAUUUCCCUUCUGGAUGAUCAAGUCAUCAAGCUGCCACGCUGUUGAGCCAUUGAUCGAGGCUAACUACUUUCCUCGAACAUUUUAUUAUACUUUCAAUACCAUGCUUUCUACCAUUCUGAUCUUCCACAUCUACUGGUGGAAACUCAUAUGUGCAAUGCUCCUGCGACAGUUUCAAAAUCAGGGAAAAGUAGGGGAAGAUAUCCGUUCAGAUUCUGAAGCUGAGGAAUGAUCACUGGAUAGGAUUUCUUCAGUAUCGAAGGUAAUUGUUGUUAGUGAUAAAAGUUGUAUCUAGCUUUAGAAAGUUUUAUUUUUCAGUUUUUUUAGACUCGCAGAGCUUAUUGGCUCAAAAACUCCAUUGCUUAUACUUUCGUUUAAUGUAAAGCAUAGUGGUUAGAGCAAAUUUUUAUAGAGUUUGGCCUGUGCUCAGAAGCCUAGAUUUGUAGGCUA